AUGGGUGGUGGAAAGCGGAACAUGGUGGAGACAUUCUUCGUAGCCACUCUCCUUCUCUGGUUAGGCUCCGUUUGUUUUCAGAUUUUGUUGAAUCAGCGUUGGGAGCUUCUCUCUGUCAUCGCGGGUUCAAUCUUCUAUCAGACAUCCAAUUGCUUCAUCCGGUUCUUCUUCUCCGCAGAUAAAGAACCUCUCUUCGUUAACACUUCCGUCUCUCUUCUUCACUCUCUCCUCACUUCCGCUUCAGUGAUCUUCAUCUUGUUCAGAGAGUUGUUAAGGAAUGGGCCAAGUGGAAUGAUUGACCACUCACAGCUGGUUGAACAUACUUGGCCGUGGGCUUUUGAAGCAUUGAGCUUCUCAUGUGGUUACUUUGCAUAUGAUCAGUGGGACAUGCUUCAUUAUCGCUUGUAUAAUGGUUGGAUCCCCUCUAUCCUUGUGCAUCAUCUGGUUCUCCUUAUUUGCUUCACUCUUGCUUUGUAUCGAAAUGUUACCGUCAACUACCUUAUUCUCACUCUUAUCUGUGAGCUGCAUUCCAUCUUUCUGCAUGUAAGAAAAGUGAGACGAAUGGCCGGUAUUCGGGAUGCAAAGAGUAUUCUUGUUAAGCUAGAAUGGUUUCUGAAUUGGGUCACCUUCUUUGUGGCAAGAUCUGUACCUCACAUUCUCAUCACAGCCAAGCUCAUCAAGGAUGCUCACAAAUUUCAAAAGGGUAUGGAGCUACCACUGGCUCUGUUGGGCAUGGCUGGGAUGAAUUUGCUCAAUAUUGGUCUUGGCAUGGAUCUCCUCAAAGCCUUUAAGAAAGAAAGGAAGUCCCAGCAGCCAAAUCUUCAUCACCACAGUGAAUGA